AUGACACGCUGUCUUUUUGACGUUUGAGUUGUUGUUGUUGUCGUGCUUCGCUUUCGCAGUUGUAUUUCUUUUGUUUUUUUGCAUUUAAUCCACCAUCCAAUUCGAAAUGGUUUAUGUUAAAAACUGGGAGGACUUUGAAAUUGCGGCCGAAAAUAUGUACAUGGCGAAUCCACAGAAUUGCCGGUACACCAUGAAAUACGUGCACUCCAAGGGACACAUACUGCUCAAAAUGACGGACAACGUGAAGUGUGUGCAGUAUAAGGCGGAAAAUAUGCCCGAUCUGAAGAAAAUUGAGAAAAUCACUAGCAAUCUGGUCGGACAUAUGGCGUCCAAGGAGUAAAGUUAGCAUUAAAUUGGCCACGGCAGCAAAUUUGGCAUCGCACCGAACAACAACAACAACAAAUGUGAACUGUGUGUUGUGGAAGUUGUUGGUAUUCGAUAUCCAGUAUGCGGAUUGAUCGCCGUGUUGCACCUGAAAUUGUUUAGUUUGUAAGCGCACUGAGGCCAUUGCCAGCUGUUAAGCGUGUGUUAACACGAGUAGUUACUGUUUAAAUAACAUUUUAUAAAUGUUAGCUCCUGUACACAGCCAGCCGGAACGGUGCCAGUGCAGAUUUUUUUAAAUUUAUAAUACUUUUGUAUUUAUUGUAAUGUAAAAAUGGGUUCACUUAGCUGCGAUAAUGUGACGUAUUGAAAAAGUCGUGCACAUUUCCAUGAAAUGCUUUAAACAAAUUAAA